UCUACGUGCUGUACAUCAGUUGUCUUUUAAUUUCACGGUUGGAGCAAGGCGGUUGUUUACUCAGUAUAUCGGAAGAGAGACUGUGAUGGAAACAGCGGAGGAGGUGAACGUUUCGAAGAGGGCAGACGUGGCUGCAAAGGGUGAAGCUGCGAUCAAACCAGAAUUCCUUACAACCAAAGACAAGUUUCAUGGGUUGUUAGAUUCAGAGUGGCAGGGCUCAAAAAGAGAGAAAGCCAGUGAAAGUGAUGCAGUUGAUGGUUCAAAGGAGACUUCUUUGGAGGAACCUGAACCUAAAAGGCUGAAACAAAAUUUUGAGGGUAGACCAGAUGGCAAGCGUCUUCGGGGACAGAAUAAGUCAAGGCCGCACACAAAGCCCACAGCCUACGAUGAAAAACGACUUUGUCACUCAAUCAUUCAGAACAAAGAAUGCCCCUUUGGAGCAAAGUGCUUCUUUGACCAUGACAUUGUCAAGUAUAUGGACUCUAAGCCUUCCGAUAUUGGGGAAACCUGUCACAUCUACGAAACAUUUGGAAAAUGCGCCUACGGUUUGUCCUGCCGCUUCGCCAAGGCCCACACUACGCCUGAUUUCAAAUCCAUGGAGAAGGCCGAUCUGGUCAAGGUGUAUGAAGGCAGGACUAUGGUGAAGAACAACAUGAGUAAGGAGCUCCAGGGUCGCCUGAGGAAGCGAUCGGUGUCCUUCGAAAAGUCAGAAAAGUACCUGAAAACACUCUCAGACAACAAAGAUAAAGGAGCACAGCAAGGCAAUGGUAAGACGAGUGAAAAGGCUUUUAUAAAGAAUGCUGCCAUCACAAAUUUUGCUCAUGUUUUUUUUAGGAAGAAAUGGAUACUGAGUAUGUCACUCAAGCCUCUUUUUCACUAGUACCCACUUGCCUCGGCUCGGCUCAACACGGUUUUGGUCUGCAAUUAAAUAAUGACCUGUAAAUGAGGUCUGGAUCUGAUAAAGCAAGUAUUUCUUUAAUUUCCUCAGUGUGGAAAUCUGCCUUUCCGUCGCGUGUGUAAGCGCUUUGGUGCAGACAUCACAUGUGGGGAGAUGGCCAUGUGUACAAACCUGCUGCAGGGGCACCAGUCUGAGUGGGCCCUCCUGAGGAGACACGAAAGUGAAGAUGUGUUCGGUAUUCAGGUGGAGGGCAGUUUCCCCGACACAAUGACGAGGUGUGCAGAGCUCAUCAACAACAACACUGAAGUUGAUUUUGUGGACAUCAACUCUGGGUGUCCCAUUGAUCUCGUAUACAACAAGGGCGGAGGCUGCGGCUUGAUGACACGUACCAGAAAAUUUGAACGAAUAGUCAAAGGAAUGAAUUAUGUCCUUGAUGUCCCUCUAACAGUCAAGAUCCGCACCGGCGUUCAGGAAAAGUCUAACAUAGCACACAAGCUCAUUCCAGAGAUGAAGAAUUGGGGCGUCUCAAUGAUUACAUUGCAUGGCAGAUCCAGAGAGCAGAGAUACACAAAGUUAGCCGAUUGGGACUAUAUCACAACAUGUGCCAAGCUGGCUAGCCCCAUCCCACUUUUUGGUAACGGAGACAUUUUGUCCUAUGAGGAUGCAAUGAAAGCGAAAGAGACCGGAGUUUCUGGGAUCAUGAUUGCAAGGGGUGCUCUCAUUAAGCCUUGGAUCUUCACUGAAAUCAAGGAGAGCCGACACUGGGACAUUUCGUCCAGUGAGCGACUGGACAUCCUAAAGGACUUCAGCAACUUUGGCCUGGAGCACUGGGGCUCCGACACUAGGGGCGUGGAGAGGACACGCACCUUCUUGCUUGAGUGGCUCUCCUUCUUGUGCCGAUAUAUUCCAGUGGGCCUGUUGGAACGAGUGCCUCAGAAGAUCAAUGAGAGACCUCCGUACUACAUGGGCAGGAACUAUUUGGAGACACUGAUGGCCAGUCAGAACGUGGAGGACUGGAUCAGGAUAAGUGAAAUGCUGCUUGGACCCGUACCCAAGAAUUUUGAAUUCUUGCCUAAGCAUAAAGCCAACUCCUAUAAGUGAUUUUCUUUUUUGUUCAGCUAUUAAAAUCAUCAAGAUUUGUGGGGUUUUUCUUCUUUUUUCUAAAUUGUUCAAGAGAUCAAGCUCAAAGAGAGAAGAUAUUUUAUGUUUUAAGUGAUAAAGACUCUAGAAUAGUCUGUUUAUUUGACCUGUGUUGCAGUAGAAACAUACAUCGGUUUUCAUGUAAUUGAGUGCAAAUAAAUGUUUCGCAACAA